AUGGCGUCCGCCGCCGAGAUUGCGGCCAAGCGGCCUGCACCUCCGAUGCCCACCUCAAAGGACGAUGUUGACGGCACUUGGAACUUCCUCGAAUGGGGCGUGGAGCGUAUAAUGUAUAGUCUGAGUGACGGUGUGGAUCUCAAGACAUACAUGUCCCUCUACACCUCGAUCCACAACUUCUGCACAGCACAAAAGGCUGUGGGUGCGGGGAGCAGUGCGCUCAACAGCAACCACCGCGGCGCGCACUUGCUCGGCGAAGACCUGUAUCAUCGGUUGAACAUCUACCUCAAGGGCCACCUCGCAGCCGUGCACGCCGAAAUGGUCCAGCACUCUGACGAGGCGCUGCUCACAUUCUACAUCAAGGAGUGGAAGCGAUACACACAGGCCGGCAUGUACAACAACCAUCUCUUUCGCUAUCUGAACCGUCACUGGGUGAAGCGCGAGAUGGAGGAGGGCAAGAAGGACAUUUACGACAUUUACACCCUGCAUUUGGUGCGCUGGAAGGAAGACAUGUUUGGCUCGACACAGAACGCUGUCAUGGAAGCUGUCCUCCGCUUGGUUGAAAAGCAGCGUAAUGGCGAGACCAUCGAGCAGAGCAAGAUCAAGGACGUCGUGCAGUCCUUUGUAUCUCUCGGAAUUGAUGAGCAGGAUAGCACCAAGACCACCUUGGAUGUCUACCGCCAACAUUUCGAAAAGCCAUAUCUGGAGGCUACCACCGCCUACUACGAGACGGAGUCUGUAGCAUUCCUGGGGGACAACUCUGUGAUGGAUUACAUGAAGAAGGCGGAGCGUCGGCUCGACGAGGAAAAGGAGCGCGUCCCUCUAUACCUCCUCCCGGAGAUUCUAGCACCACUGAUGAAGUGCUGUGAAGCGGCUCUGAUCGCAAAGCACGCCGCGACGCUCAGGGAUGAGUUCCAGACGUUGCUCAACCAAGAUCGCGAGGACGACAUGGCACGCAUGUACAAGCUGCUCGCACGUAUCCCUGAAGGAUUGGAUCCCCUUCGCCACCGCUUCGAAGCCCACGUGCGCCAAGCCGGUCACCUCGCGAUCGACAAGGUUCUCGUCCAGGGCGACAACCUGGAUCCCCGUGCAUACAUUGACGCCUUGCUCGAAGUUCACACACAUUACUCUGCCCUUGUCCAGACCGCCUUCACGGGUGAGUCUGAAUUCGUGCGGUCGCUGGACAAUGCCUGCCGUGAGUACGUGAAUCGCAACAGGGUCUGUGCGAAGAACUCGACCCGCUCUCCAGAGCUGCUCGCCAAGCACGCCGACAACGUGUUGAAGCGAUCCACCAAGGCUACCGAGGAAGACGACAUGGAGAAGAUGCUCAACCAAGUCAUGACCAUCUUCAAAUACAUCGAGGACAAGGAUGUGUUCCAGAAAUUCUAUUCCCGCCACCUCGCGAAGCGCCUCGUCAACGGCACAUCCGCCUCUGGUGAUGCCGAGACCUCGAUGAUUUCCAAGCUGAAAGAUGCGUCCGGCUUCGAGUACACCAACAAGCUGCAGCGCAUGUUCCAAGACAUGCAGACCUCCAAGGAUCUCAACAACGCAUACGAGGAGUGGCGCACGCAAACUGUCGACAAGGAGGAUCGCAAGAAYGACAUCGAUGCCACUUACCAGAUUCUCGGCACUGGAUUCUGGCCGCUGCAGCCGAGUGGUACUGCUUUUGCGCCACCGGCCGUCAUCAUCAAGACCUACGAGCGCUUCUCAACAUUCUACGGCAACAAGCACGGCGGUCGCAAGUUGACUUGGCUGUGGCAUCUCUGCAAGGGUGAGAUUCGUGCCAACUUUAUCAAGAUGAACAAGGUGCCAUACACUUUCCAAGUCUCGACAUACCAAAUGGCGAUCCUUCUCAUGUUCAACGACCAGGAGACGCAGACUUACGACAACAUUGCAGCCGUCACUUCUCUUGCCAAAGAGACUCUCGAUCCUUCCAUUGGCAUCAUGCUCAAGGCUCGGCUUCUCAUCGCCAAGCCAGAGGGUGCCGGCUCUCAGAGCGGCACCAGCUACACGCUGAAUCACGGAUUCAAGAAUAAGAAGGUCAAGGUCAACCUCAACGUGGCCAUCAAGUCGGAGCAGAAGCAGGAGGCGGAGGAUACCCACAAGACCAUUGAGGAAGACCGCAAGAUGCUUAUGCAGUCUGCUAUUGUGCGCAUCAUGAAGUCGCGAAAGACUAUGAAACAUACGCAGUUGGUAUCGGAGACCAUUGCGCAGAUCAAGAACCGCUUCAGUCCCAAGGUCGGAGACAUCAAGAAGUGCAUCGACAUCUUGCUGGAGAAGGAGUACCUGGAACGUUUGGAGGACGACGACCUUGGCUACCUUGCGUAA